UGCCGUGCGCAGGCGGUCGAGUGACCCCUUUUGCCACCGUCACAUUUCUCAAAAUGUGAAACCAGCUGGUUACCGAAAAUGAGCGAAGUGGCGCCCCCAGACGGUCCUCUGCAGGACCCGUCCAUGGGGAGCGUGCAAACGCUGGCAUCCUGGCCCCCGAACAUCGCCGACCCCCUUGCCCCGAAGCGCGUUUGCUUCUACAAGAGCGGCGACCCCCAGUUCAGCGGGAUCAGGAUGGUGAUCAGCGGGCGAAACUUCAAGACGUUCGAGGCCCUGCUGGACGGCCUGUCCGAAAAGGUGCCCCUGCCCUUCGGGGUGCGGACUAUCACCACCCCGCGCGGGACGCACCUGCUCCACUCCCUGGACGAGCUGGAGGACGGGAAGUCCUACAUCUGCUCCGACCAGAAGAAGGUCAAGCCCAUAGACCUGGAGACAGCCGGGAGCAAGCCGCUGCCCUGGAACGCCUCCCUCCAGGCCAGCAGGGGGCGCCGAACGGUGCAGCUGUCCAUGAGGGGCGACGGCAGGCCAGCGAAGAGGCUGACCGUCUUCAGGAAUGGAGAUGCACGUGUCCGACACACCGUGCUGCUACAGAGGAAAAACGGCCAGACUUUCGAAGCUCUUCUGGCGCUUAUCUCUGAGGUCCUGGGGUUCCCUGUGAAGAACCUUCACACCACCGACGGCCAGAGGAUUGAUGGCCUUCCUGCCCUCUCUCUCUGCUCCGGAGCAGUUGUGGCUUCGGGGAAUGAACCCUUCAGGUCGGACAGCUACGAUCUUCAGAAGCCCACACAGUCGACUGGAACCUCCAGCCUCAUGGAACCAGAUCGCCUGCAGCCUGCAUCCUGGAAGAGCAACUCUUUGUCCAGAAGCUCCAGGAACAUUUCUCCCUCCUCAGAGCACUACUACCCAAACCAGGUCAACGCCUCACUGGCAGGGAGUAUCCCCCUGGGAUCCGUGGACACGGAGACGCUGGCGGGCGUGGGGGAUGUGGCGGAGGGCAGCGGCCUCGUGCCCCCUGAGGAGGAGGACAUCGAGAAGUCCUUCCGCAUCAACCAGGACGGCAGCAUGACGGUGGAGAUGAAGGUGCGGCUUAUGAUCAAGCAGGAGGAGACCAUCCACUGGACCACCACGCUGGUGCGGUCCAGCGUCACCGGCCAGCUCGGGGGCGAGGCCGCGUCGGGGGAGGGGGCGCCGGAGGGGAACUCCCCGGACUCAAACGCCACCCUGACAGGGGACCCCAAGGACGUCAGUGUGCAAGGACACAAAGUCCGAAAGCAGGUGGCGAUUGCAGGGGCUGAGGGUGUCCGCGAGGAGGGAGAGGAAGUGACCCCGACCGCAGUGUGCGACGUGGAGAGGCCGAGGAUUAGGAGGGCGCCCACGCCCGGGCCGAGACGCCGGAGAAAGAAGCCUCCCUCCACAGACAGUAUCAACACCCUGUCCUCCGUUGAGGUGCAGGAAAACAUAGUGGGCACCUACACUUACAAGGAGCAGGCUCCGGGGGGCUCUGUGGCAGAGAAGCACAGCAGCCGCCCCACGCCUAAACCGAGAAGUGCCGUGCCCGCGGGCGCUGACCGCGCCGAGGUGCGCUCCACCUUCAGGUCCUCCAGAUCGGCAGAGAUCCUUCAGAUACAGAACUCCGGAGGGGAGGUCACGGAGUCCGUGAUGCAGGUGUACGAGGAGCAGAGCAGCUACGACACCUACUUCGCUAACGCCAAGGUCACCGGGGAGUGCCAGUCUGUGACCACGACGGUGUGCAGUCGCACGGUCUCCAUGGAUACCGCCCCAUGUUCCUCCAGCAAUGACACGGGCCAGCGGAGGCCCUCAUCCGCCUCCGAAUCUCUGAACGGGCAGAAGGCCGGCACCCUGUCCCCGUCCCCGGAUGCCCCGCCUCCCUCCUGCACCAUCAGGAACGACCUGUCGUCCUUCACCGACAACGAGGCACACGCCGUGGCGGACUCCCCGUCCGAGUUCUCCCUUCACGACACAGACUGCUCGGAGCGAGCUCCGCCCGAGGGCCCGGCUGGCCAGGGCACCCGGCGGGCAGAGGGGAAGCCCGAAAAGCCCAAAGCGAAAAAGAGGGCGGCCCUCCUGCCCGCCGGCAUGCCCCGAAAGGGGGGCGGGGCUCUGGGGGAUGGCAGGCGUGUGAAGUCAUCCUCGGAUGUAGCGAGCGGUGCGGAGCCUGAGAAGGGCGACGGGCGAAUCAGAGAAGGCAUGAAGAGCGAGCAGGGACCCGGCAGGACGGCGAAGAGGAAGAAAGUGAGGGGAGACGGAGACUUCUCACCCCGAAGCCUCCCCUUGUCCCUGAACAUCAAACACCGGAACGAAUCUGUGAAGGAGCUGAAUUUAAAGAAAGAGGGGUCUGUGGGCACGGGCAGGGCUCGGUCCUCUGCGAGUAAAAACGUGCUGGACGUCCCGCCGCCCCGGAAGUCACUGGUGAAGCAGAGGUCGAUGAGUGAUGACAGGAAAGACGCGAAGGAAGCCGGGGAGCUGAGCGAGAGCGUGUCACUUCCUGCGCUCCGUACCCCCCCCUCCGCCGUCAGCGAGUACGUGGAGGACUGGCUGGAUAAGAUGCAGCCAGACCCCGUCUCCUGCGUCGGCGAUGGGAACGAAAGUGCAUCGGAGCCAGCAGAGAGGGUGCUGUUCCGAAUCGGCAGCGACUCUCCGGAGGAGUCGGAGACGAAGAGCGAAAUUGGGACCCUUUCUGAGGAUCAUCUUGCCCGCAAGCACAAUGCGGAAAUGGAAGCGCCUUUAGCUGCAGAGGCAAAAAUGAAGCCCCUGUUGGAGCAGUUGUGCUCAUCCAUUCGGUCAAUCGGUGAGAUUACGCAGGGCAGGCGGCUGUCCUGUCUCGAGAAGUCCCACAGCGUUCCCGACUUCUCCUCCCACGUGGCCUCGAUGUUCGGGGCGUCCUCCAAAGUGCUCAUUGCGUUUUUAUCCGUCAUGUCCUUAACGGACGGCAUCGCGGGCCUCAGCAGAGACCAGCCCUUGGCCACGGACCUGAGCUGCUCCGAGGCCUUGCAGAUGCUGAAGGCCUUGCAUAAAAUGGCCAGCAUUGAGGAUGCCGACGAGCUGAAAAACAGCCUGUCGGAUCUGCACAGGUCUGCGUCCUCACGGCUGCUGCAAAAGUGGAGGAGCUUCCAGGAGCUCAGCAACCAGAGCGAGAGCUGCGACACAUCGCUGGGGAGCUCAGAGAACACAUUUCCGUCUGAGGCAAGCUUAGAGCAGAGCAACAGACACCAGGAGCAGCCCUUUGGUAUUCAACAUCUGAUGGGAGAACUGGGCAUCUCUGAUGAUCUGCAGAAAGAGUUGUCCUCUUUAGUCAACAGAGAAAUGAAUGACUUCAACAGGAAUGAAGACCCAUCAGAGUCUGAAGACGCGAACAGUUUUGUUGAAUCAGCAACUAAGGAGGAACUUGAACUUGAAGACUUCGGAGAAUCUGUCCAGGAAAAAGACAUAGAUAGCUAUACAGAAUGUCUCCAGGAAAAAGAUGCAGGUGAAUCUCUCUAUGAGAGAGGAGCAGAUGAUUUUGAAGAGUCUGUACUAGAGAAGGAAGUAGAUGACUCUACAGAAUGUGUCCAACAGAAUGAAGCAGAUGACUUUGAAGAGUCUGUCCUGGAGAAAGAAGCAGAUGACUUUUCAGAACCCGUCCAGGUGAAGGAGGUAGACGACUUCGCAGAGUCAGUCACUGAUGAGGACAAAGCAGUGGAACAUGCCAUUUCUGGAAGUGAUCCACUGUGUGUCGGUGCUGAGGAAGACACUGAACAACAGUCCUCUGCUUUAGAGGAAGCGAGCUACAUAGAAGAGUGGGGGAGGUAUGCAGAGGAGCCGGUGAGCUUUGCAGUGCAGGAUGGCUUUGUAGAGGAGAGGGCCAAUGGCAAACAAGGGAAGGUGGGCUUUGGCAAAAUGGACACGGUGUCGGAAGUAUCGGAACCUGCUGACGGAUGCAGCGUGUCUCACCUCUCUUCUGCUGAACACCCCAAGAUGGAGGAGUUCACGAGGGACGAUUCCGAGGUUCCCAGGGGGCUGGACCAGGGGGGUGGGGCUGAGCUCCAGGGUGUCCCGGAGGAGGCUGAGGAGCUUGACUGUGAGACCGUCUAUCACUGUGUGGAGAUCCCAGACCACCUGCUGCGGGUUGUGAGCUCAGUCCUGAUGUCCUCCUCUUUGGUUCUCUGCCAUGACUCCAAAGGGAGCUUAAGGAUAGAGCCGGACAGUGCCUGUGUGGGAUCAAUAACAGCCAAAGGCAACACCCACCCUCGGUAUGGACAGAUACAGCUGCCGACACCGAACACGUCCGACCUUUCGGACUACAGAGCCGAGACGACGGACAGUGAUGGACGCUCGUCGCAGCUGUCUGAGGAGCUGUCUUCAGAAGGUGCAGGGGAAGAUUUGGGAGGGCUGUAUAUUACUCAGGGCUGCGAGGGCACUUUGGAUGGAGAGAAGGAUGCUGAUGAUGUGGAAUCUGAGGAGAAAUACGCUCUAGAAAAGCAUCACGUGGACAGCCUUAUCUCUGAGUCUCCAUCAAGGACCAAGGAGAUGGCAGAGCUUUCGUACUUCAACACCACAGGCUCGUACGACCUGGAGAGAGAUCCCCCACAAUGCCCCGGGGCUGAGGCGGAGCCGGACGUGAGCGAAGGCGUGCUGAUCGACAAAGGCAGGUGGCUCCUCAGGGAGAACCACCUGAUCCGGAGGUCCCCACCGGCAGCCGGGGGAAUGUACGGGAACGCGGACACCACGUCGAUGGACACGAGUGACGAUGUGCCCUACUCCCAUUUCGGGAGCCAGCGCUCUGCCAUGGAGAUCCUCUCCUCUGACGAGCUGGAGGACCUCGCCAGGCCGGCCACGCCCAAGUGCACUUACUUCAACAUGCCGCACGGCAGCGACUCCGACCCCUUUCAGGACAGCCUGAGCGUCACCAGCCGGACCAGCGCCAAGGUCAAGGCCAACACCAACGGCGCCAGGAAGAAGAAGGACCCAAAGGUCGCCCCACUGGCUGAGGCCGAGCAGGCGUUGCCAAAGAGGCAUGGCAGUAUGUCCUCAUUCGCCUCCGUCGAGUUUAAGCCGGCGGGCAACAAGGUGCACCCUCAACGUUCUGGAGCCACUCCUGUGGUCACUCAACCAGCCAGGGCAGAGAACACUGCAGCCGCCGCUGCCCGGACCCUCCAAGAGCAGGACUCUCUGGAGAAACUUCAUCUGGUGUGUGGACAGCACUGCCCCAUACUGUAA